AACAUAACAACAUAACGACAUGGGCGCGCGCACUAUGUUUAGUCCGACAUAACGACAUGGACGUAAUGACACUGCUACACUAGCUUCACCAGCUUCACUAGCCUCGCCUGCUUUGCUAGCUUUACUAGCUACACCACUGUCUACAUUAUCUUCUAUAGCGGAGUCGUUACCACAGCUAAGUGACGUCAUGCCGGCAUCCAGCAGCCUCAAAGUCACGUGGUCAAACGCAACUCGUAAUGCGCAAUGUACGAUGCGCGCUAGACCUCUAGCUGGAGCGUCACGUGACUGGGUGACGUCAUCAGGCUCUAGUAGUUCAGCCUCGCUGUCGUGCGUGUUGGAUGAUCUUGAGCCUGACACUCUGUACGAGGUGGAGGUCACUGUGUCGGUGCGGGAAGACACGAGGCGUGACACGGUGUACAUCAGGACCACCCCAACAGCUGUCGAGGUAAAUGAUCAGAAUUCAACCAUUGUUGGUCUCGCUGUGCUGGUCGCCAUCUUGUUCUUGGUCAUCAUUUGUCUGAUUGUCUACAUCGCGGUGCUGAAGAGGGCAGAUCUGAAGCUGAUAACCCAGGCUACUCUGGAUUCCAGAAUGUGGCGAUGCAAGAAAACGUCAACCAAGACCAACAUGUAAUCCCAGAGAUGGGAGACUAUGAGUUCGCCCCAUUGGAAAAUAGGGGACCCACCCCUGACCCCAUUCCACAAUACGAACCAGU